AUGACUGCUCUCCGGAACCCAAAGGGAACAGCCAUUGCAUCGAGAAGGGGGAUGGAGAAGAUCAUCUACGACUUCUACUCUGAUCUCUUCGACAGCCAUGUCCACUUGCCUCCUCACCAUCUGAGAGAAGACGGGCAUGUCAUUCAAGAGGUUCUCCCGUCCGAAAUACGACAUGCUGUCAUGUCGGUAAGAAAUCGUACGGCACUCGGUCCCGACAGAAUAAGACCAGAACACCUGGAGAGCCUUCCGCCAGUACUCAUCAACACCCUGGCGAGGCUCUCUACACGUUAUCUGUCGGUAUGCGAGGUUCCUAAACAGUGGAAGACCAGCAAGACCGUGUUGUUGUAUAAAAAGGGAGAUCCACAUGACAUCGGCAAGACUGAAAAAGUCUUGGAUGAAGGACUGCCAUGCGAGCAAGCAGGGUUUCGAAAAGGAUUCAGCACGAUUGACCACAUUCACAAUGUUUCGAAACCCAUCGAGGUAUCACGAGACUACAAGAUGCCGCUCUAUCUCACCUUCAUCGACUUGAAGAAGGCCUUCAACUCAGUUGAGACGGAAGCGGUCGUGGAAGCCUUGGACAACCAAGGCGUCCCUACUCAGUACAUAAAUGUACUUCGAGAGUUGUACAGUAACUUCACGACCGGAAUUUCGCCAUUCUACAAGAACAUCAUCAUUGACGUGAAGAGGGGGGUCCGACAGGGUGAUACAAUUUCACCCAAAAUAUUCACAGCCACCCUCGAGAACGCAAUGCGAAAGUUGGAAUGGGACGACAUGGGAGUGAAUUUUGAUGGUCGGCAGCUACACCAUUUACGCUUUGCUGAUGACAUCGUACUGAUAACAUCCAGCAUCAGCCAAGCGGAACGAAUGCUCACCGAAUUCGACGAAACAUGUGGAUGCAUCGGUCUUCAGCUGGAUCUGCAAAAGACGAUGUUCAUGCGCAACGGAUGGGUCUCGGAUGCCCCAUUCACGCUCAACGGAACGAACAUAUCCGAAUGCACCAGCUACGUUUAUCUGGGUCGGGAAUUGAACAUGAUGAACGACCUGACCCCCAAGCUGGGCAGGAGGAGAAGAGCGGCUUGGGGAGCGUACAAGAGCACCGAGAAUGUAGUGAAGAAGACCAGGAACACCCGGCUCCGUGCUCACCUCUUCAACACCACCGUACUUCCUGCUUUGACCUAUGCUUCGGAAACCUGGGCAUUUCACAAGCAGGAAGAAAACGCGAGGUUUUACAACUAUAUUUAUUUCACAAAGCCAAAGACGAAGAAUCAUGUACGUAUUGUUCUGUUUGUGAUCGGAUUCGGAUUUGUGUUCUCUUCUUUCGUCAACGAGAUAUCGUAG